AUGGCGACGGGAGCGGGCUGCCCCGCCCCGCCCCGCCCCCCGCGCCGCGAGGCUCCCGACCCCUCCCGGCGUCGCCGGCCCGCCGGCCGGGGCUUGUCAGGCCGGACGCCGCGGAGUAGGCCCCGGCGCGGCCAAGAUGGCCCCCGGCGCGACCAAGGCUCCAAAUGUCACCCCCGCGCCCUGACACCCCCUCGCCCCCUCCGCACUCGGCGACGCCGCCUGGCGCCCGGCCUCCACGUCUCCUCCCCGGGCCCCUGCCUCCUAGGGCGCGGGGGGCCGUGGACCCGGCCGGCUCGCCGCGCCGCUGUCCGGGGACUCGGGGCUCACGCGUCCGGUGCCCCCGACCGUGACGUCACCCCCGAAGGGCCCGUGAGCCCGGGGCCUGGCCGCGCCGGAGCUCCCCGGGCCUUAGGGCCGUUUCCUGCCCGGUCGCGGGGCCUGCGCACAGGCCCGGGCGCCGAUGCCCGCGUGGGGGCACCGCGGAGACCCCCGGCGCGCCCCAUCUCCCCCACGCACGGCCCUCACCGCCCCCGGCGCCCUGCCUCCCACGCCGUGCCGCACGCCAGGCCCCGAGUCCCACACGCUCAAGUCGGCUCCCCGCCCCCCACCCCGGGCGCACUCACAAAGCUCCCCUCCCGCCCCGGCGCCGGGCGAGUGUCCCCCCGCGUCCCCACGCCCCGCGCGGCAGCACUCCGCGCCCCGGCGCACACACAGCCCCGGGCCACACGCGCCCCUCGCCGCUCGCGCCCCCACGCCACGCACCGUCCCCGCGGCGGCCCUCCGGUGACCUCGCGCACCCCCACACCACACAAAGCGGUGACCCCGCGGACCCCCACAUCGCGGCCCGCGGCGCGCUCGGCCCCCGAGCCCGCCUCCGUUCCUCACCCUGCCUCGGCUCCCGACGCCUCGCGCCGCCCCCACCCCGGCAGCGCCCCCCGCAGCCCCCGCGCCCCAGCGCUCCGUGCUCACCUCGGCGCCCGCGCUCACUCGGGGGUCCUGGGUCUCGCGCUGCGACUUCGCGGCCCGCAGGCCCGGGCGGCCAUGGGGGUCAGGGCGCGGCGGCCCGGCCGGCCGGCGGCCAGGCAGGAAGGAGGGUGGGCCGCGGCGCCCCCUCCUCGCGCCGGCGCUCGGGCGGCGGGCAGGGCGGCCUGCUCGGCUCGCCUCUCGCCCUCGCCGCCGCCUCGCUCUCCGACUCGACUCUCCGAGCCCAGCCGCGGCGGGGGCGGCGCCCGGGGGCGCGGGGAGCCGGCGGCGCGGGGAGCGGGCCCUGGCCGCGCACCCGGCCGGGCCUGCCUGGUGUCCGCGGGUGCCGCGGGGAAAUGCGAUCCCCUCCGCACAGGAAGAGCGAGCGGGCGGGCGGCGGGCGACGCGCGGGGGGAGAAGGAGAGCGAGAGCGGGAGGAAAAAACUUCCCGGGCGGCCUGGCUGUGCUCGCUCGAGGCCCCGGGCGCCAGGCCAGGCUCCCACCCUCGCCCCACCAUCAGCCGUCACCGUGACCUCCUCUUUACAGGGUGGGAAACAUUUUUGA